UUUUUCGGUUUUCUAAGCCAUUCCUUUUCUCUCUCUCUCUCUCUCACACACACAUCUAGUAUUCCUUUCUUCUCUCUCUUCCUUCCACCGGAAAACUAUCUGCUCGCCGUAAAAGAAACGUCUCGUCUCACCGGCGACCAGCCUCCUUAUCUUAUUGGAAAACUGCUCGUUCCUGUUCCAUUAUCUUGACUCGGUCGGAGAAAGAUUAGGAUCUCUGACUUUGACCAGUUUGUUAUUGUUUGGCGCGUUUUGAGAGAAUGUGGAUUUUUAAUAGAGAAGAUCGUGAUCUAGGCUUUUGAUUUUCGAUUUCUGGACUCAAUUUUGUGGAUAAAACUUGUUGAAAAACACGGAGGCUUAUAGAGCACGACUACGGAAUGAAAUGGUGGAAGGAAGGGUCUGUUUGUCCAAAGAGGCCAGAAAUGGGUUAGAAUUUUUGAAGCGUAAAAGGCUUCAGCGAAUGAAAUCAGAAACUCUCACUGAGACAGUAAGUGUCACUAGUACAAUGAGUAGAAGUGGAGGCGAUGCUUUAAGGGCAUCAGCAUCGUAUGGUGUUAGAUUACAUGGUAAUGUGGAAUCAAUUGUUCCAUCAAAUAGUCCUUCAAGAGGAAAGGAUGCCUUUGCAAAGAGAAAGGUGGAUAAGUUUGACACAAGUGAUCUAGAAUGGACAGAGAAAAUCCCGGAAUGUCCUGUAUACCAUCCGACAAAGGAAGAAUUUGAGGAUCCUUUGGUGUACUUGCAGAAAAUAGCUCCAGAAGCUUCUAGAUAUGGUAUUUGUAAAAUUGUUUCCCCUGUGAAUGCUUCUGUUCCUGCCGGUGUUGUUUUAAUGAGGGAGAAAGCAGGUUUCAAGUUCACUACUAGAGUACAACCUCUUCGUCUUGCUGAGUGGGAUAACGAUGAUAGGGUCACCUUUUUCAUGAGUGGAAGAAAUUAUACAUUUCGUGAUUUCGAGAAAAUGGCGAACAAAGUUUAUGCUCGUAGAUAUUGUAGUGCCAGUUGUCUUCCUGCAACAUACUUGGAAAAAGAAUUUUGGCAUGAAAUUGCUUGUGGAAAGACAGAAACAGUUGAAUAUGCAUGCGAUGUUGAUGGUAGUGCCUUUUCAUCAUCUCCCAGUGACCCACUUGGAAAUAGCAAAUGGAAUUUGAAGAAUGUUUCAUGGCUGCAAAAGUCUGUUUUACGUUUAUUGGAAAAAGCAAUUCCAGGGGUAACAGAUCCCAUGCUGUACAUUGGAAUGUUAUUUAGUGUGUUUGCAUGGCAUGUGGAAGAUCAUUAUUUAUAUAGUAUAAAUUACCAUCACUGUGGAGCAGCAAAAACUUGGUAUGGAAUUCCUGGUCCUGCGGCUCUGGAAUUUGAGAAGGUGGUCCAGCAACAUGUAUAUACCCAUGAUAUUUUAUCUACUGAAGGAGAGGAUGGAGCUUUUGACGUACUUUUGGGUAAAACAACUUUGUUUCCUCCUAAUAUAUUGCUAGAACAUGAUGUCCCUGUAUACAAGGCUGUGCAGAAGCCAGGAGAGUUUGUUAUUACCUUCCCCAGAGCUUAUCAUGCUGGAUUUAGCCAUGGUUUUAAUUGCGGUGAGGCUGUCAACUUUGCGAUUGGUGAUUGGUUUCCUAUGGGAGCUGUAGCUAGCCGGCGUUAUGCACUUCUUAAGAGGAUGCCGCUUCUUCCACAUGAAGAGCUUCUGUGCAAAGAAGCAAUUACUCUUUAUAUGAGCCUGGAACUUGAAGAUUUAGAUUAUUCCUCCUCAGAUGUGUUUUCUCAUAAUUGCGUUAAGGCCUCUUUCGUCAAACUGAUGCGUUUCCAGCAUCAUGCUCGCUGGUCUUUAAUGAAAUCAAGGACAUGUACAGGUCUUCUGCCAAAUACCUAUGGAACUAUAGUCUGCAGCUUAUGUAAACGGGAUUGCUACGUAGCAUUCCUUAACUGCAAUUGUUACAUGCAUCCUGUGUGCCUUCGUCACGAUUUCAAGUCGCUUGACUUUUCUUGUGGAAGAAAUCUUAAGCUAUUUUUAAGGGAGGAUAUUUCAGAAAUGGAAGCUGCAGCCAAGAGAUUUGAGAAGGAAGAUGGAGUACUAGAGGAGAUUCGACGGCGAGGUCAAAGUGGGGACGAUUUAUAUUCCUAUCCAUCUUCAAAUACAUUUCUGAGUGGUUUAGAGGAUGGCUACUCUCCUUAUUGUGAAAUUAACUUUGUCUUCAACACUGAUACUUCUUCAAUAAUUCAGAAUCAAUCUCAAGACUUUAGCCAAUCUGCAUAUAAUUGUGCCACUGAAAAUUUUAAACCUGAAGUCUCAGAAACUUCUGUUUCUUGUUCUGCAUCUUCUCUCUGUCCUUUCAGAGAGCAGGUCGGAAAUUCUUCAGAGCCCAACAAUAAGGUGAAGGGGCAGGCUGACUUGAACAUAGAGAAUCUUGAUUCUAGAAACUUCUCUGAAGAAGUAUCACACCGUAUGCAUGAAUCCUCUCUAUCCUCUUUGUCUCAUGAUGAUAGCUUCAGUAUCCAGCAAGGUGAUCUUCAUGGAUCAGAUGUUAGACGAAGUGUGGAUCAACACAGUGAUGAUUCUGAUUCAGAGAUAUUUAGGGUUAAGCGCCGUUCUUCUCUCAAAGUGGACAAACGAACUGUGAAUGAUAAUGUGUCUUCAAAGAACUCUGAACACCAGGGGCUGAAACGAUUAAAGAAGCUCCAGUUUGAAGGAAGAUAUGGUCAAAUAUCAUCAGAAUGCUGCAGCAGCCAAACUGAUGAUGAAACAACUCGCAAUCUUACUUCCACGUCACAUUUUAGAGAAGCUCCGGAGAGUGCAUCCAGGGACAGGUUUGCCGGGGCAAGUACAAUUCCCAUAUCUAUUAAGUUCAAGAAGUUAGUCAAGGAAGAAGCAAUGAGCAGACAUCGAGACCACCUCAGAGUGGAUAAGUUCCAGCAUGAGUUGGGAAAGACCAUGAGGGAGCCACCCCUUAUAGAGAUUGGGCCAAAGCGUCUUAAAGUAAGAGGCCCAUCAUUUUUAGGGUCAGAGAGCAGGUUAGAUUGACUUUUGGAUAACAUGGUUAAUGAGAAAACUGGUUGGCCUGCCUCUGGAGCCAUCAUCUAGAGCCUGACUUAGCUAACUUUAUUUUCUCUAAUGGGGGUUCUAACGACACGGGAAAUCCAAAAGAUUAAUUCUGGGAGCAGUGAUGAAAUUAACCAACUUUAGGAAAUUUUUAUUCUUUGUGCGGGCCUCGAAUUUGGGCGCUUUGCACUGAUGGUGAUUCUUCUGGUUCUCUGGCCAGGGUGUUUUUCCGUCUGGCAGGAGAACCUUCCUGCAAACUGAAAGUAGAAUGCGGUUAGUAACUCUGUAAAUUUGUUCUUUUACAAAUCAAAUUAAUUCUUGCGAGGGAAGUUGGGUAUUCCCAUUAAUCCUUCUUAAGGUCAUUCCGCUGCUUCCUGUUAGGUUCUUUAUUCUUUCUGUAGCAAUGGACUACUGGAAUAAAUUAAGAGAAAUGCCUUUUUUUCUCUUUAAUAUUCUAUCAAGCUAUCAUUUACUUUUGUCGUA